GGCUCCGCCUGCCCUACAGCGCGGGGCAGGGGAGGACCCUGUCCCCCAGACCUGCCUGGGGUGUUCCCAGCAAUCCGGGGGUACCUCUCGCUUCCCCCCAUGAGCUGGAGGACUGGACAUCCCCCCACCCCACACCAGGCAGGGAGCGCUUCCAGCCACCCCCAAGGUCGGGGUGCUGGCCGAAACCACGUCUCAAAGCAAGCAGGCCUGCCAGGCUGCCGCUUGGGUUGGCAGCACCGGUGUGGUGCUGCUGUGGGGAGCAAAGCCUGCUCCGUGGGUCCCCCUCUUCCCCCCCCCACGGCCGCAGGCCAGCCCCGGUGCCCAGUGGGGUGUCCGGGCACUCGGGAGGAAGGACAGUGCCUGGGGUGGGGGGGUGUGAGUGUCACAGGCAGGAGAGGGGCCGUAUUUUCCUGGUGCUUUGCCGAUGGGGUUGGCCAAGCGGCCCGAGGGAGCCUGUGGCCGCCGGGGCUUCAGGGGUUAAAUCAACGUACCACAAAUUGAGGAACAAGAUUAGGGAAUAAGCGAUCCGACUAAAUUCCUCGUGAUCCCAAGCCAUGGCAAAACGGGACGAGGCAGCGUGAGUCACUCCAGAGAGAAGCAGCGUCCCAAAGGGGAGUCAGCCAGCAGGUGAGACCAGCCGCCGUGGGCAGAGCGGCCAAGGAGCGCGGUGCCGCGGUGAGUCCUGCCGGGACCUGGACCUGGACCCAGCGAGGCGGUGUGCCGAGGCAGGGUGCCAAAGGGCGAGGAGAACGGUGGGCUCGCCGGGAGGAAGGUUUGUGGGUGAAGGGCUGACAGUUACACCAGAAUACACCUCGGGUACUGUUCUGCCUACUGGAGUGCACUGCCCUGGAAGGACUCCGGCUUGCCGGUGAUGGAGAGCAUCUCUUCUUCCCCUUCACCCUUCUCUGCCAGUUCCCCCACCGUGCAGUCCGAGAACGCCACUGCCCAUGACUACUACUCCGGCCUGCAGAAGAGCAUGCACAUCCUCUCCAUGGUGGUGUACAGCAUCGCCUGUUUGCUGGGGGUGACAGGGAACGGCCUUGUCAUCUGGAUCGCAGGCUUCAAGAUGAAGAAGACGGUAAACUCUGUCUGGUUCCUCAACCUGGCCAUUGCUGACUUCAUCUUCACCUUUUUCCUGCCCCUCAGCAUUGCCUACACCGCCCUGGGCUUUCACUGGCCAUUUGGGAAGCUCCUGUGCAAGCUGAACAGCACCAUCGCGUUCCUCAACAUGUUCGCCAGCGUCUUCCUCCUGACGGUCAUCAGCAUGGACCGCUGCGUUUCUGUGGCCUUUCCUGUCUGGUCUCACAACCGCAGGAGUCCGGAGCUGGCAGCCAGGAUUGCACUGGGGACGUGGAUCCUGGCUCUCCUCCUCAGCUCCCCGUACCUCGUCUUUCGGGACACGGUGGUCAGUUCCAGGAACAUCACCAGCUGCUAUAAUAAUUUUGCACUUUCCGAUGACUACACGUCCGAGGCAACGCGGAGGCUGUGGAGGAUGCGGCACAAAGCGAUGAUCAUAACACGAUUCUUAUGCGGGUUCCUCAUCCCUUUCACGGUGAUUCUCAUCUGCUACAGCAUCGUUGCUGUCAAGCUGAAAAGGCGGCAGUUAGCCAACUCUGCAAAGCCAUACAGAAUUAUCAUUGCUGUCACAGUCUCGUUUUUCCUCUGUUAUUUCCCCUAUCACGUCUUCUCCUUGCUGGAAAUAUCCAAAAACUCUUCCAGUCAUGAGAUGAAAAUGGCCCUUUACAUAGGGAUCCCCUUGGUUUCCAGCCUUGCUUUCUUCAACAGCUGCAUCAACCCCAUCCUGUACGUAUUUGUGGGGCCGGAUUUCAAGGAGAAGUUUCGCCAGUCCAUCCUGUCAACCUUCGAAGGGGCCUUCAGCGAGGAGUCGGUCCUGGGCAGUCUGACCAGCCGGCGGAAGUCCAGGUCUGCUUCGGAAGCGGAGGUCCCGAGGGUCUGAGCAGGCACUGGUGUGGAGGGGGCAGUUAUUUUCUCUGCGAUUUCCCUUCAUUUCAGAGCUAUAGUUGCAGAACUGGGGGCUGCAAAGGGCUGUGUAUGCUAACGAAGUGUGAUUUCACAUUUUGGAGGUAUCUCAAAUCUACUAUGACUUAAUAUAUUACAGAAAUUAAACAACCAUCUGGGGCUGCAGCAGGGUGGGAAAGUCAAAGUACAUUUUGCUCCUUGUGUUGCUUCCUUGGCUGCCUUGUGUCCCUCUAUCUCUUCCAUCCCCCUAUGGUCCAUCAUACCCAGCAAAAUAUCUCCCUGGCUGGCCAUGCUGAGGGGGCAAUCACAGCCUGGGUGGUGGCUGCCAUCAGAUUUGGUUGCCUCAGCGCUGCUGAUCUCUUACAGCUUCCAGUUUUUAACAGGGGACCCUUUAUAAAAUUCGCUGGGUUUGUGACUCUGCUGGCAGAGCUCCCUUUACUUUCCUCUCCUCCUGGGGCUCUCAAGGAGGGAGCUCUCAGGUGCUCUCCAUGCCGCCCAGCCCAGGGUCACCUUGUACGCGUCCGGGGGAGGCAUCUGGGGACAAAUCCUGUUUGCAUCUCUGUUGGGUUCACCUGCCUGCAGUGCAUUUACACGUGGCGACCCAAGAGGAGAUUUUCUUCCCUGCCCUUACCAGACUUCCCUGGCAGCUCAGCUUUGCUGGGGUUCCACCAGGGAGCAAAAUCGGGUGCAGCUGCACUGGCGGAGUACAGCUGUGCUGGAGGUGUACGGCUGCGCUGGAGGUGUAUGACUGUGCUGAGGUGUACGGCUGCGUCAGCAUUUCAGCUGUCCAGAGGAGAAGAUGAGGGAGGGGAGAGCUAUUCCAUAAGUCCCUUGUAAUUAAAUUAGUAAACAAAAUACAAAAAUCCUUUCCCAUGUAUCAUUCCAGUCUGGUGCAUGGGCUGCUAAAGCUUAAGGACAAAAUAAUUAAAAAAAAAAAAGCAGCUUGAACGUGCAGUAGGAUCCAUCCAGAGGCACUCCUACACAUGCAGCUUUUAAAGAAAUAGGGUUAAAUGAAAUGGCUAUAUGUAUUUUUGUAGGGUCUGGAAUAGCUAGUAAGACACUCAUCUUUUCUCUCCCCAGAUGUGUGGCAGGACAAAUUAUUGGUUGUGCUCCAGUUCCUCAGGUUUGAUGUACAGCAUAACUAUUGCUGAGCAAUGCUUGUCUGUGUGUGUGCAUUUGACAUGUUUCUGGCCCUUAAACAGUGAAGAUCUGACAUUUUGUACUGUUGGUGAAUGAAUAUUAAACCCCAUUAAACUUAUGUAAAACAUA